AUGAGUUCUGAGCAAUUUGGAUUUCUUUCCAGAUCUAGACCGCAGGGCAAGACUUCUCCGACGCUUUCCUUAAUAGCCACUUGCGACGCAAGACUCACAGUUCAGGUUAUUACCGGGUACCUUCCAGCAAUUACUACUGAAGAGUCUUGGUUUAGGUAG